UGAAACUGGUCGAAGGCUGACAUGACGGACGCAGCGACUCUUGGAGACAGCAGCAACAUUUACCAUGAGAAGCAGUUCCUCAUGCGCUGCGGGCUUCAUUCGGUCAACAAUAUGCUGCAGCGGAGGGCAUUCAGUGCCAACGAAUUCGACGCCAUAGCAGAAACACUCGCACAGACGACUGAUUCAACGUGGGGAUUCAGCCCCUACCGAGCUGUACUGGGAAUCGGUAACUUCGGGGUGGACGUGUUAACCACGGCACUGCUUCGCUAUGGGCACCGAACGACCUACUUUGACCGACGCAAGUCUCUCGACUCCAUCGACUUGUCAUCUGUGAAAGGUCUGCUGUGCAACAUUUCUUCGAGCCGCAUGCUGGGCCUUUGGCAAACCCGACAUUGGUUUACCAUCCGUCAGAUCGAUCGUGUGUAUUACAACCUCGACUCCAAGCUGCCAGCUCCUGUGGUACGAGUGGCUCAGACGCCGAAUUCACGCACCCCUGUCGUAGCCAUUUGCAGACGCCGCUGCAGUCCUCCACUUCCUCCAGUCACUCCCUCCAUCAGACACGACAAUUCUGCUCGUUGCCGAGACGUCUCCCCAAGAGUCGUCUAAAAUGAUACAACACAGCGAAAAUCUAUACAAUGCGUGACAGGUCUACUAUUCCAGACUUAAAGAAUGCGGUUCCCCAGAGCCGACCCGAUGAGCAGCAGCGCCAUGUCGACCGUGAUCGCCGCGCCUUUG